AGCCAGAGAGAGAGAGAGAGAGGAGAGCCACGUCAUUUCCGGAAUUUUGAGUUUUUUUGUGCUUUAAGAGAGAGAAAACUCAGAACCAGAGCACAGGUCGUUUCUGUAUUUCUCUCCACUUCUACUCCACAGAGCUGUAUUUCAAAAGCGGAAAAGUGAUUCAAAGAGAGAGAGAGAGAAGCGGCGCCAAGAGAAAUCUCUGGAAUACUGUUUUGAGAGUAAUCUCGCUUGUGUUCCUCAUUUUCAAUUGAGAAUCUAAACGUUUGAGCUAAAGAAAGUAAGAAAUGGAGAGAACUACUCCGGUGAGAAAGUCUCACACAAAUACAUCAGAUCUGCUCAUUUGGCCAGAGAAUUCUCCAGCGGAUUAUUCAGCCGCUGAUUCUGCAACUUCUGCUUCACGUCCUGCGAUCCGAGAUCACCAGCCGUCCGGUAGGAUCAGUAAGGUGCUUUUCGGAGGACAGGUUACUGACGAGGAAGCUGAGAGCUUGAAUAAAAGGAAACCAUGCUCUGGGUCUAAAUGGAAGGAGAUGACUGGUAGUGGUAUCUUUGCAGCUGAUGGUGAGAAUAGUGAUUCAGAUUCUGGCAGUGGCAACCCCACUCCCAGAAACGGAGCAGGGUUACGGUACCAGCAAGCUGUUAGUGGAAUCAGCCAGAUAUCGUUUGGUACGGAAGAGAGUGUAUCUCCCAAGAAGCCAACAUCACUGCCUGAGGUGGCAAAGCAGCGAGAGCUAAGUGGAACACUGCAAAGCGACUUGGAUGCUAACAUGAAGAAACAGCUAUCUGAUGCUAAGUGCAAGGAGCUUAGUGGACAUGAUAUAUUUGGCCCUCCUCCUGAGAUUCCGCCUCGCCCAUUGGCUGCACGUUCCUCAGAGCUGAAAGAAAGCAUGGACAUGGGGGAACCAGCACCACGAAAUGUACGCACAUCCGUCAAAGUAUCUAAUCCUGCGGGAGGUCAGAGUAAUCUCAUGUUUAGCGAGGAAACUGUGACGAAGACAGCAAAGAAGAUACAUAAUCAGAAAUUUCAAGAGCUGAGUGGCAAUAAUAUCUUUAAAGGGGAUUCACCUCCAGGGUCUGCUGAGAAGCCACUUAGUACAGCAAAGCUGCGCGAGAUGAGUGGCAGUGACAUCUUUGCUGAUGGGAAGGCAGCCAACAGAGACUACCUAGGUGGAGUCCGUAAGCCUCCUGGUGGGGAGAGUAGCAUUGCUCUGGUUUAACUUCCUUCUCUAACCUUUGUUCUUUUACUUUAAUUAUUGUCUGUCCAUGGUUUGGUUGUCUUGAUCCAAGUGGGAAAAAAGAUACUUUGCGCCUUGAAUGUGAUUGUUUUUCCUGCAUGCUUGGUGUGGGUGAUUUGAGAUCGCGGUGUGGUCCUUUAAUAUAUUUAGGUCUUAACAUCCAACGGACUGUUCUCUAUUUUGUUUUCCAUUCACUCGGUGUUAUUAGUAUAAUUUUUGGUGCUAGUUUCUAACU